CCUGAGUUUGGAAGUAAGAAUUAUUUGUCUCCAAGAUUAAUCCAUUUUGAUCUUGCUCUUUGAAGCCAAAAAAUUUCUUCAGCAGAAGCUAGAUCAUGUAAUUAUUUUGUGAUAGUGGAUUCUUGAUGCAAAUGUUCAAUGAUAUGGUCAGAAGUAUAAGAUAGUUGCUCAUUUUUCAGAUCAGUUACGAGAUUCUUUUCUCUGAAAGAGAUUACAAUAAGUUAACGUAUGCCAACACUCUUUCUUAAGUCUACUAAGGUGCCCGCUCCAUUAUCAAAGGUCUCAGUCAAUCACUCCAUUUAUUCUAAAAAGAAAAUUAGCCUCUCCAUCAACCCACAGCAUCUUCCUUUUUUUUUUUUUGUUCCUGCCCAGGUGUUUUGUUUCUUCUUCCAUUCUCAUCUGCUGCAAUACCAUCAAAAAACACAACCCAGAAGAUAGUAGCUAUAGCUCUAGUAUGUCUGCUCAAGCUCCCACCAUUCCUCUCCUCACUCCUUACAAACUGGGAAAGUUCAAUCUCUCUCAUCGUUGCUUUCUCUUCUCCAGAGUUGUUUUGGCACCCUUGACUAGACGGAGAUCAUACAACAAUCUUCCUCAACCGCAUGCCAUCUUAUAUUACUCUCAGCGAACAACCAAUGGGGGUCUUUUAAUAGCUGAAGCCAGUGGAGUUUCUAACACAGCUCAAGGGUUUGCGGAUAUGCCUGGUUUAUGGUCAAAGGAACAAGUUGAAGCAUGGAAACCCAUAGUUGAUGCAGUUCAUGCUAAAGGUGGUGUAUUCUUCUGUCAGAUCUGGCAUGCUGGAAGAGUUUCAAAUAGUGUUUUUCAACCAAAUGGUCAAGCUCCAAUUUCUUGUACUGACAAGCCACUAACCCCUCAAGUACUAUCUGACGGUGUUGAUGUUGCUGAAUUCACUCCUCCAAGGCAAUUAAGGACAGAUGAAAUCCCACAAAUUGUCAAUGACUUUAGACUUGCUGCACGGAAUGCAAUCGAAGCUGGCUUUGAUGGGGUUGAAAUUCAUGGAGCUAACGGUUACCUUAUUGAUCAGUUUAUGAAAGACCAAGUGAAUGAUCGAACAGACCAAUAUGGUGGAUCUCUAGAGAAUCGCUGCCGAUUUGCUCUGGAAAUCAUUGAAGCAGUUGUUAAUGAGACAGGAGCAGAUAAAGUUGGAAUUAGAUUAUCUCCAUUUGCCGACUAUAUGGAAUCAGGGGAUUCAAACCCUGAAGCAUUGGGCCUUUAUAUGGUUCAAUCCUUGAACAAAUAUGGGAUUCUGUACUGCCAUGUGAUUGAGCCAAGAAUGAAGGAAGCUGCAGUGAAAAGUGAAAGUGCUGACAGUCUUCUACCCAUGAGAAAGGCUUUUAAUGGGACCUUCAUUGCUGGUGGUGGUUUUGACAGGGAAGAUGGGAACAAUGUAGUGGCUGAGGCUUGUGCAGAUCUUAUUGCUUACGGCCGUUGGUUCUUGUCUAAUCCAGAUUUGCCAAAGAGAUUUGAGCUUAAUGCUCCCCUAAACAAGUAUGACAGAAGUACUUUCUACACUUCUGAUCCAGUUGUUGGUUACACUGAUUAUCCAUUUCUUGAGACCACUGCUUAAAUUUCCAGCAGCAUUUGGAGGCUUCAACACUUAUAUGGGUAUAAUCUGCUCCAAUGUAUACUUAUAAUUACUUCUGUUGGGUGGUAUGCAUAAAUGUGAAUACUUAGAGGAAAAAAGUGAAGGAAGGGUUUAGGCAGUGGUUGGCAAGCCAGUGAUAGUAGUCUCCUUUGUAUAUUAUGCCUGAGUUAAAGUUAUAAACUGGAAUUAAUGCAUCAAAUGUGCCGCUUGUGCCUUGCUGAAAUGUGAACUGAUAUGCUAUUAUCUUA